AUGGACCUGGGGUACUUUCCCCUCGCCUUCCCGCCGGGGCUGUGCCGCGGAACCCCGGAGUCACCCUUUUCCCGGCUGGCGGACGGCACCUUCCUGGCGCUGGGCACCGCAGCCAGCGCCGCGUCAGCCCCGCCGCCGGCUGCUUGCGCAGGGGCAGCGGGGUACACGGCCGCCGCCCCCGCGGAGCCGGGCUCCAGCUACCGGCCGUCCCGCGGAGCCGGGCUGCCGGACUGCUCCACAUCCAUCUUCCCCGGGAGCGGCCGCCCCCCGACGCCUCCGGAGGUCGGCCCCUCCUGCCCCGGCGGUGUCCCCCCGCCCGGCUCCCUGGCCCCCUCGGCGGCCCCGGCGGCGCCCCGCACCUUCGAGUGGAUGCGAGCGAAGCGGAGCCCGCCCGGGAGAAGUGAGGGGGACCCUCCCGCCUGCCCCGCACGCACCAGCUUCAGCACCAGGCAGCUCACGGAGCUGGAGAAGGAGUUUCACUUCAGCCGGUACCUGUCGCGGGCUCGCCGUCUCGAGGUGGCCCGCUCGCUGCGCCUCCGCGACGCCCAGGUGAAGGUCUGGUUCCAGAACCGCCGCAUGAAGCAGAAGAAGCGGGAGCGGGAGGCGCUGGCCGCCCCCACCGCCGCGCCCGCCGAUGCCCUGGGCGGCCCGGCGUGAAGCCCCACGGCCCCCGACGGAGGGGUCCGCCGGGGACGUCGGGGCAGGGAGGGAUGCUGCAGCCGGCGGGAGACUCGCGGUGCCCUUUGGCGCGGGACCGCGGCGAGGCAGCUCCCCUGUGGUUGUUGGUAUUUUCUUUCUUUCUCUAUUGCAACUUAUUUACAGUUUUAUUUAUGAGGAUUCAGGGAAAAGUGCCAGCCCGGAACGCUGCUGCUCAAAUUCUGCCCGUGGGAGCAGUCUGGCACAGCCUGGAGAUACCGGGGACUGCCGCUGCACCGGCUGCCCUGGGCUCGGCGGCUGCCCAAGCAGCCGGCCCCUUCCCCGUUUUCCAUUUAAGGAGAGAUACGCAGGCUAGGGCAGAGUUCAUGCAGAAGAAGGGGGGAAAGCCCGAGAAUAGAGCAGAACAGAGCAGGGAAAACUUCUCACAGGAGUAUGAGUCCAGGAUCCCCUUCUGGAAAAAGUGCCCUUGUCUUGUGCCCUACCCUUCGCAAAAUUGCUGCAAAAAAUUAUGCUGUUUCUGCUUGUAUUUAUUCCUCGUUUGUUCCUAUUCCUUAUGCGGCUAGUUUAGUCCAAAAUCUGCUUAGUAACCGUGAGGGAAGAUUUUUAAAGAAAGUCAGUCUAAGGAGGAGCACCUCAUUCAAACUGCAGAGGUGCUGGGAUUUUCCUUACAGAGGCUGCACAGGACCAGACAGCAGCCACUCCACUGGCUUCCAGCACCUCUUGCAUGUGCCUAGGCAAGGACAAGACAAUAUAAAACCUCUUACAGCAUCUAGAUGUAAGAUCAUCCAGCUCUGCAGGCUUGAUUAUAUCUUACAGUUAAAGAAAUGCACCAUGUGAAAUCUGUUUGCAACAAGUCUUAUUACAUGCGAAACCUCAAGACCUGUUAAAGUACAGAAUAAUGCUUGGGUUUGACCACAGAACUCUGGCAGCGAAAGACCAAGAGGAUUCCUGGGUCUUUUACCAUUCAAAAAGAACAACUGAUUACCGCAUACGAGUGCAAAAUUCACCAGUGUUCUUCACAUGUCCCCAUUUCAUCUUUCCCAGAGGUAAAAUAACUGUACUGAAGUGCAUAGAAGAGUCAAGUUUAGAUUCUUUUCCUACCUGUGAACUGGAAAGCAUAACAAGAAUGUGGAGAAGAAUGACAUCUGGAUUUAUGGGAAGGUGAUUUUAUUUAUUUGUGAGACAAAAUGAUUUUGGACAGCACAUUUGUUGCUCUGGAUUUCUGCUGGGUGAAGAACAACUUGUAGCAGGAGGGGAGAUGUAUCUCAGGGGACCUGUGAGCACCAAGUUCCUGUUUGGAAGCCAGCCCCAGACACAGACAGCUGUUGAUUUUUGUUGAGUGCUUGUUGGGCAAACCAAGACAGAAGAUGAAGAUGGAUGUCUCAAGUCAGAAAGUCCAUAAUGUUGGGGAUACUUAUUCUCUGUAAUACCUUCCAUUCUCCAAUGUACCCCUCUGCUUAUAAGCUUUCCCAUGAAGAUUUCUCCCUUGGACUGGGAAGCCAUCGCUGAUGGCAGCUUCAGUAGAGGUUGGCAGGAGUCCUGGGAAACAGUGUGCUCCAAAAGCCAGGCAGGCAUGUUGGGAUGAUGCCAUGGCUGAGCAUGAGCAAGCAGCCUCCUUGGCAAGGAGGUGGGUGCCCCUGCAGUGAGCAUCUGCAGGAGAGGACCUUCUAAGACAGAAGGAUUUGGUUACGCAUCAUAUCCCAACUGUACCUGGAAAGUACAAUGAGGCUAAAGGCUUGUGGUUGUGCAUGGACACAGGGACAUUUUUGUUCUGUAUAUGGUGUUACGGUUCAUGUCCCACUGAUUCAUUUCACAGGUUAUCACUGAAAAAUUCUCAGGACUGAAGUACUCGUGUGGAACUAGUUGCAACCAAAAUAUACGGUUUUCAAUUCCUUAUUAAAGUAAUGACACCAAACAAGUGUUACACUGCAGGCUGAUCAUUCAUUAAGAAAUAGGAAAAAUUAUUUCUGUCACCUGUUUUUGAGAAGAUGCUAUUUAAAGCAGAAUAAAACAAAAUCUGGUAAAAUUAAUAAAAACUCAAGGAAAUAAAAUUUGAUUUACAAGCUGAAUAUUAAAGUCAAGUCAACUACUAAUCAACCCUUUUCAGGUGUUCUUAAGGUACAUAUCUACCAAGUCUCCUGAUAGUUUUUGGUUUUUAAACAACAAUAAGCAUGGACAAGUAGUCAGAAUAGCCCAUCUUUCUAAGAGCACAUGGUUCACACGCAAACUUUAUAAAACAGCUGUGUUUUCAGUUACCUCCAAAUUUGUCACAUGUCUAUGGGAUUGCCGGUUUGUCAGCCUUUUAUUUUCCUAAUGAUUUUGACAUUUGUGCUGGGCACUUCAGGCCAGAGGAAUGUUUUCCAUCCUGCUGGCAUGUUCCUGCGCUACCAACAUGGAAAGAAAGAUUCUCAUUGAUUUCAGUGGUGCUGGAUCAAGCCAUUACAGCACACUAAGUCUUUUGUAAUGAAUGUUUUCAUGCGGUAUAUUUUCCUGAAUAAAUAAAUACAUGUGCAGGCCUUGUAGCAGUGCACAGUUCUGUAUCCAUCAAAAUGACACAGCCUGAAUAUAUAUUUACUUGCAAAUUAAGAUGAAACCUUACAACUCUUUUAUGGCAGUCUGAAUCAAUUUGCUGUUAUGAACACAACUGUAUUCUGCCUUAAGAGCCAGUACUUAGUAUUAAGUGCAGUUUCUGCUCACAUGACAGGGCCAGUUUAAUAGGAUCUUUCUUCUUCACCAGCAGUUUUAGCUGUAUGAGAAUUA